UAUGUAUAAUAUUUAUAUCCUCUCUUCCAUCUGCCAUAUAUUUGUUUCGAUACAUACAAUUGAUUUUUCAGGAUGCAACAAGCAAUUCCAUACAAGUCUUGGCCUCUGCCAUGCAUCAACACCACUUCCCAUGGCGCCCCAUCAUCAUCGACAACAACAACGACAGUUGGCCAGAACAGCAACCUCGUACUGAACAGAAGCCGAGGAGGAAGAGGCGGCAAUAAAGACGUGAUCAAAAUCGUGUCGGAGAACGCCGUGAUUGUGUUGGCGAGGAAGGGUUGUUGCAUGAGCCAUGUAGUGAGGCGUUUGCUGCAGGCUCUGGGCGUAAACCCUGCGGUUCACGAGAUCGACGAGGAGGACGAGGCCGGCGUCUUGAAUGAACUGGAGACGAUGAUUUGUAAAGGUAACGGAAGUGAUCAAAAAAUGGUUCAGCUUCCGGCUGUGUUCAUCGGCGGGAGGUUGUACGGGGGAUUGGACAAAGUUAUGGCUACUCAUAUCAGCGGGGAGUUGAUCCCUGCGUUGAAAGACGCCGGUGCCUUGUGGCUUUGACCUGUGUUAUACGACGUUUGAUUGGAUAAUUAUUAACCCAAUUGGGAAUGCAACUUUGUUGCUAGAAAAUACAAAUAUUGGUACUGAUUUCCAGUUUAUUGAUUUUUGUUGAAAAUGGUUCUCAACUGCAA